AUGGCCCGUCUAUUCAGCUUUGCUGCUUGGCUCGUGUCUUUCGCACUUGUCCAUGCCACCCAGCCUGACGUUGGCUGGCAAGUCGAGGUUCUCACUGGUGCUGUUUCCUUCAGCACUGACUCUGUCGGCGAUGACCAAGUUCGGGUAUUCAUUGAUGCUCCCAUCAAGUUCCAGCGCUUGAAGUCCACCGCAAGCAGCUUGACCUUGACCCUCUACACGUCGCCCUACGUGUUAGACGGCGAAGCCCAAGCCGAUGCCGAAGGCCCCUCCCCGGCUAUCGUUCACACCGAGACAGUCUCGAUCCCAUCGACAGCCGCCGAAUUCGUCCAGUCCGUCUUUUUCGAUUUGCCAACCGAGUCCUGGCAAGAUGUGCUUCUCUCGGUUGCCAUCGACGAUGGCCAUACCAGUUCAUCCAGUUACGACGUCAACGGAGCUGUUCUCGCGUUCGAUCCUCAGACCGAGACAUGGACGGCGCACAAUAUUGGGGACUACUCGGACGACUUGAACAAAGCCAUCAUUCGCGAGAUUGACAGCUUCGACGCGGUUGGGGAGGAUUCAACCGAGGUAGGGGACUUGGGCGAAGACACCGUGACAGAUACUCCCGACGACACGGCGUCUUCCAAGGAGGACGCUCCCCCCGACACCGGUUCACCCCCACACUCCUACCCUGGGGGUGGCCACGGCACUGGCAGAUAUACGCUGGUGACCGUCUACAAAACAACAACCGAAUGCCCAGAGCCGACACCACCACCUCCCCCCUGCCCGGAAGAUGAGCACGGGCUGCAGGCCCGACAGGCACCCAUCUUGAAGGCUUUCGUGAAGGCGCGGGUCACAUUUCCCGACCGGAACGGCAUCAAGCGGCCGAUUCGCUUCCAGAAGGUCAUUGCCCAUGCCGAUCUCUACGCCGGCGACAUCAAGCUCGGAGGGUGGAGGUCCUGGGCCACCCUGAAUGCGAACGGAGAGGCCACAUUUGGGUUCAGCAUUGCUCCCGGCCAGAGAAUCAUUGCCCAUACCCUGUACACCCAGCUGGAGGGAGAUUACUACCAGAUCGGCACCCGCAAGACGCUCUCCGAGCCCUUCAGCACGAAGUUCAUCCGGGUCAACCUGGUCGUCAAUCCCUGGCGUGUCGAGGCCGGACAGACCAUCUCCAUCGCGAACCACCACAAGUUCGUCGUCGAGAACCAGGGUUUCUGGGUGGCCGAUUCGUACCGGACAAUCAGCGACUACUUCAGGACCCAGGUGGCCACGAAGGCCGGUGAGGCGAAGAAGAUUUCCGUCUGGUUUCCAGGAAAUGGCACGGGGACUUUCUUCUCGACCGCAGGGUUAACGCCCUACAUCAACAUCCCCGUCCCGGACGCCCAGGACCCAUCCAUUCUGGCGCACGAGUACGGGCAUUUCGCGCACUAUGUCGCCCGGGGGACGGCUCGCUUCGACGGCGGCGGGAAUCACACCUUCUGCGGGCUCAAGAGCCUUGCCAACAGCCGGACCAGUUUCUCGGAGGGCUAUGCCACUGCGUUUGGGCUCAUGGCAAUCGACCAGACUCCUCUCGACAGCGGUGAGUAUCUCUGCUACCGCGAUAUCGACGCUGCCGGGUUGUACGAGUUCACGCAGAACAUAGAGUACUAUGGAUGCAGCGAAAGAUACAUGCUCCUCCAGGAAGGACGCAUCGCCGCGACCAUCUUCGACCUUGUGGAUCGGAAGCUCGACAAGUUCAAUGCUACCAGCGAUGAUUUCGGUUAUAUCUCACCCACUUUCGACCGGCAAAACCUGAAUGUGAGGUUCACUCCUCGUUUAAUCUUCUGGCUGUCGAUGCAAAACAAUCCUCAGGGUAUUGAUCAGUACUGGAACAACUUACGGGGAGUCUUGUCCACUGUUAAUCGACAGAAGGCAUGGUCUGUCUUUGAGUACAACUGGGCAGACUUUAGCAGUGGCUUGUAA